AACAAAGUUGAAAUUUUCUCACAUCCAAGGGAAGUAGCUCCACAAACCUUGUAUCUUUUAAAACCAUGGCUAUGCAUUGUAUUACUGUAUCUCUGGUUUUAGCAUUGUCACUGUUGAGCAUAGAUGUGUCCCUGGCGGGUCGUCACCUUCUGGACACACCAGCAGCUCCACCACCAGCAUUAACACUACCUCAAAUUCCAUCUCUUCCUAAGCCGACAUUGCCUCCUUUGCCAGCAAUGCCUACGCUGCCCACUACCCCAUUGCCAACGUUGCCAAGUGUCCCAACUCUGCCGAAGCCCACAUUGCCCCCGCUGCCAUCCCUGCCAAACCCAACAUUGCCAACCAUCCCCACAAUUCCACAGCUGGCGCUUCCUCCGCUGCCCACCAUCCCCACCACAAUCCCUUCAUUCCCCACCAUUCCAACAACAAUUCCAACAGUUCCUUUCCUUUCACCACCUCCAUCCACCACCAGCCCUUGAGUGGCCCUGCUAACCUUAGUUGAUGGAGACUAGCUGGGUGCGUAUGUAUUUGGAAGGCUUCAGAAGAUUCUAAUACAUUUUAUUGUCUGAGAAGUUUGAUUUAUAUGUCAGGUCUUGUUCUGUAACAAAUUCAUGGUCUCUGUGAGGGUUCUUUGUGUUUCUUUCUUUUCUCUAUAUUUUAAUUUUUUGUGUUUCUUUUUGGUCUAUAUGAACACGAUCCUCUCUUUUUUAAAA